AUUAGAAAAACUUCAAAAACUUGCUGAAAAGCUUCACAGAGAAGCUAAGCAGUGUGAUAAAAAGCUAAAUGAUAUAGACAAAAGAAUAGCUGAGGAAGAGAAGCGAGUACAUCGACUUCAUCCCACAGAUGCUCUUUACAUCUGUGACCAGACUGAGGCAGAGCUGAAAGCCUUAGAGAAAAACAUCCAAACAAUAUUUCAAGAUGCAGAGUCGCUUCGACAUGAAGGAUAUCAUCAAACCCAGGAACUAUACAAAAGGGUGCAGAAUAUCCAUCAGAGAUGGGUUAAUAUCCGACUGAGUUUUACAUCUAGACUACUGAAUCCUCUAUCAUGUAGGACUUUCAAGACUGAAGAACGUCAGAUGACAAAACAACAAUACAUUGAGCCUGAGAAACAUCUAGUUGACACAGAUGAUGCUUUCAGGUUUUUACAAGAAUGUUUGGACUGGGUGAAUGGGAAAUUGAAAUUCCUUUAUACUGCAGAGUAUGGGAAUGACCUUCCAAAUGUGAAGGUAUUGUUAGAAAACUACAGGACUGAACAUCAAAUUAUUGACCAGUUCCACAAGAACAUUGACCAAUGUGGAACAAGAAAGAACCAGUUCAAAGGUGAUGAACAAGACUUAUAUUGUAGACUGUUUACUAAACUAGAAAAGAGCUACUCAGAACUUGUUGUGUUGUCAAAUAAACGACUGACAAACCUGGAAACAUUGUUAGACUUUGUUCAGUCUGCAACAAGUGAGAUAGCAUGGAUGAACAGAAAAGAGGAGAUUGAAGUCACUCGAGAUUGGAGUUCCAAAACACUGAAUAUUGUUGAGUUAGAGCAGUACCAAGAAACUUUGACUUCUGAUCUUGAAAAAAGGGAAAUUCAGUUUAAUAUAGUCACAGACAAAGGACAGAGCCUACAACUUCAAAAACAUCCUGCUGUAGAAUGUAUCGAGGCCUACUUGGCAGCAAUGCAUUCUCAGUGGUCUUGGCUUCUUCAACUCACCAUUUGUUUAGAAGAACAUUUGAAGAAUGCCUCUGCAUAUCACCAGUUCUUUGCUGAAGCCAAAGAAUGUGAACAGUGGCUACAUCAUACAGAAGAACGUCUGAACACUGUUUUUAGUCGUAAAACAUUCCCUGUUAAUGAAGGAGAACGUUUGCUGAAGCAGAUGUUAGAACUCAGAGAGGAUAUGAUGCAUUACAAGAACAUUGUUGCCUCCCUCACUGCCCAAAGCAAGGAGAUAGUUCCCCUCAAACAGCGACGACAGCCUCUUCCAAGACCAGUGAAAGUUACAGCAGUCUGUUCUUACAACCAGCUAAAUGUUAUUAACUCUGCGGGAAUUGAGGGGAUGGUUCCAGGGGUAUGUUUUGUGAUCCCACCUCCAAAUCCUGAAGCAAUAGACCUGGCUCAGAGCCAGAACAAGAAGUUUGAUUCCGUCUUAGCACUAUGGUCUAAGAAACAGAACAAAAUGAAGCAGAACAUGAUUUUCUCUACAGUGAGAGUCAUUAAAUCCUGGGAUUUUACCACAUUUCGUAGCAUGGAACCAGCUCAGAGAGAAUCCAUCCAAAAGGCACUGAAUGAAGAUGGGCAGAAGCUUGUGGAUGGAGAGGAUACCAAUGAUCCAGACCUGAAGCGAUUACAGGAGGAGAUCAAUCACUGCAACAAGUUGUUCCAAGACUUUCUGAAAAGAAUGAAGGGUGAUGAAGUAUUCCAGCUUCUUUAUUUCUCACAACUUGCAGCUGGCAGAAGCUUAGGCAGCAAGUUUAUUGACCUAGUCACUACACUACAAAAUUCACUGAAUGACAAGGAGAAGACGCUUCAAAGGAGACUAAAAGAACCAUUUCCUCAUGACCUGGAUACUCUAGAUACACAUGUGAUGGAACACAAGGAAUUUGAGACAGCUUUAAAGGUUCUAGAACCCCAAGUGAAAGAGAUGAAGGACCAGUUCCAGUCCAUGGUAAAAAAAUCCCCAGUAUUGCAGAAUCAUCAUGAUACUGUGAUAGAGGUUUGGGAGAGAACUUGGGCUACUUCCCAUCUUUACAUUGAAAGAUUGAAAUCUCUGGAAAUCAUACUGAGUUCCCUAGAUGAAGCCACAAAUGUUGUAACUCAGGUGGAGAUCCAGCUUGCAAACUAUGAUAAUCUUUCUGCAGAAAGGACAAAACUUAGUGAAACUCAUGACCAACUAAUGAAAUUGCAAGAGGAAAUACAAAAUGGACAAACUGUGAUUGAUAAAAUCAGUAUUGACCUGACCAAUAUUCAGCGUUUAACGGAGUGCACUCGUCCGAAAAAAGUACAAAACCCUGAUGUCAAGAAACUGGAAGUCGAUGUCAAAAAGAUCAUAAAACGAUGGAAUAACGUGUGCUCACAAGUUGUGGAAAGGCUAAGAAGUUGUGAAGCAGCUUCUGAACUUCUUGUGGCAUAUCGAACCAAACUGGACAAAGAUGAGCAGCCAUGGAUGACCCAGAUGACCACCCGAGUCAAGAAACUCAAACCAAUCAAAUCAGUAACUCCCCAAGAGGCUGAGAAACAGAUUCAUGAUACUUUGGAACUCUAUAACACCUUAGCUCAAAGAAAACCAUCAAUAGAACAUACCAACAUCUUGGGAGGAAGGUAUAUUCGAGAAGCCAAGACCAACACCUUGGGAGGAAGGUAUAUUCAAGAAGCCAAGAUAUAUGACUUACGACUAAAACAUUAUAGAGAUAGUCUAGAAGAGGUUCAUCCAAGUUUAGAUGCUAGCAUUUCCAAGAAAGCAAAAAUUGUGGUUGGUGCCAAUGUCAUUAGCCAAGAACUUGACAUAUUAAAUAAGCAGUACACUGAACUGGUUGAUAAAAUUCUACAGCACUUAAAUGACUUACGAGAGUUUCUUUCAGGACAAAAGGACUACAAGGUGAGAAAGUUUCUUUUUGUACCUGAAGUGCCUUUGUCUCUUUUUAACAGUCAGAAUUAA